CAAUAGUGUCUGGAUACCUUAAACCAAAGAAGGAUGUAAUUGUAAGAUAUUUGAAACUGAACAGUAUAAUUGUUAAAGGAACUGGAAGUUAGAAAUGUUUCAUUAAAAUGGCGGACGAAUAUGGAGAUGGUUUCAAUCCAGUCGACCAAGGCACAGUUUUAAUGUUAUGUUUGUCAGUGGGACUUGCUGUACUGGCCGCUCUCUGGUUCGGCUGUAGAUGGUAUAAAAAGAAAUACAAGACAGUAAAACCACGUAUUGGAAGACGAAGGUUAAAACAGACGUUCUCAAGAUUUUCACAAGUGGAUGAAGAACUGACCAUGCAUCACGUGACCGAGCAUGAUGCAGAAAUACUGCAAAGAUACAGUGUACAUGAGCCCGCGGAAACGCAUUCAAGUCCCGCAACAAAUGUAAGAACGGCAACGAAUGAAAAGAAGAAACCAUAUUUGGAGACUGACAUCUAGUGCACACUUUUACUUUAGCGAACAGACAGAAACUUUACUUAGAGGCUGAUAUCUGUUUGUAUAGGUUUUGGUGCACAGUUUUGCUUUUGUGAACAGAAAGAAAAGAAAAAACUUUAGUAAGAGACAGACAUAUAAUGUUUUGAUCUACAGUUACCUUUAUAAUAUUUGUGCACAGUUUGUCAAAAAUUAUAUACUGAAUUGCUGCAAUAAAUCAUAAGAGUUAUGAGCGGAAUAACCAGGAAGAACAUUUGUCAUAAAUAGACGAAGUAAUCAUUAAGAAAUCAAUAAGACUUUAUUCUGAACCAAAUGAAUUAAAUGUGAUUAAGAGAAAUAUGCUGAUAACGUCUGUAUUACAUAUGGUAGAAAACAUUUGAACAAUACAUGAUGAUGUAUGUUAUUUUUUAGUUUGCAAAAAUCUCUUCUGCCUUUGAUAUAAGAGCUGAAAUAAGACUUUUCUAGGAACACAUCACAAUUAGUCUUAUAAGUCUUCAGUCUGUUGUAUAUGUUAUAAAAUGGUGUUUCCAAUGCAAAAUAAUCAUGUAAUUUGAUAUUUUUUUAAAAUUUUGACCAUAUUUUGCAUAGAUGAUUUCUGCAGCGAUUUCUGUGAUAAAAGGGACAAUGUUUUUGUAUGUAGAAUGUCAGAAAAUGCACAAAAUGCAUCCAUCUGGGCCUCGUUCCUGACGGAAUUAAUGAUAUUUGGAAUCCAAGUGAAAAAAGAUGCAAACAAAUGAAACAUUUACCAAAAUUUACAGUAAAGCGACCAUAGGGCCUAAACCUAGCCCCAUAAAUGUGUAGGGGUGGCUUCAAUUAAAUGCCUAUAUUUCUGUAAAAUCUUAAAUAUUCACAAUGAAACUUGGUAUGUUUGGUAUUACAUCUUUCUUGAAAUUAAAACAGCUGAAAAAGUUAUGAAAUUGAUAAGAAAUAUUUCUUAUAGGAAUAAGGUCAGAAAUUCUGUCGAAAAUGUGCUUCGAAAGAAGUCCAAAGUAAAUAGAUCCUAAUUUUCCCAUUUUUUGCGGAAGUUCGUGUGAAACGAGUGCUUUAUUCACACGCUUUCACUGCUAGAAUACAUUCUGCAUGAAAUGAGACGUUUUCCAUGUUUAUACACCCAUGACAAGGUUUUUCAAAUCGAAACCGAAAGAAGGGUUUAUUGUGCAAACAAGAGCAAAUAUGUGCCAUUUUUAGGGUAGCAGGCCACAACUGGCUGGCAUUUCACUAGGAACUAUUCAACCCCCUAUUUUCUUUUCAUUUUUUCGUUAAUUUAUGAUAGAACUUUCACGAAAAAUAGAUAAUACGACCUAAAGUUGUCAUUUUUUAUAUGGAACAAAGAAGGAUUUUAAUUACUGACCUUCAACCUCAAAGCUCUAAAUCUUCAUUCUUUCAUUUAACGGACAUCUGUCUAUAUAACAUGACUUAGUUAGAUCAAUAGCAUUUUAAUACUGCUUUCACUGUAGAAUAUAUUUUUCCACAUUUGCAUAUCUUUAAUGUAUAUACUGCUGCCGGUUAAUUGGUUAAGAUGUCUGGAAAUUGUUUUUAUAAAGAAAUAUUUAACGAACAAUUACUUUUUAUAAGAUGUUUACAAAUGUUUUACAUGAUAUACUCGUACAUGUAUACAAAAAGUUUUUUUUUCUAAGAUUUUACAAAUAACUUUUUUACACAAGCAGCUUCCUAUAAUAUAGUGGCUUUAUGUACUAUGUAAACAUUUUUGUUAGUCAUUAGCUUCUUCACGUUCGUGAUAUGAUAUAAGAAAUAACUUUUAAAUGGAUGCAAAUAUAUAUCUUUUAUAUAUCUCGCUUUUAUUGGCCCUGUAACUUGCUUACAAAAUGUAUACAAGUUACUUUUUCUAGAGCUUGACGUCACACAGAUCUAACUUUCCAGCUUUUGAUGUUGGAGAAAGAACCAAGGUAUCCUUACGGGUAUUAUUUCAGGCUAAUGCGGGCACAGUUCAGAAAAAUACGACCCUCUGUAAGUCAGCUGGGCUGCUUUCUCACAUGCGGGAAAUGUACACCCUAUGCAAGGUAUCGAAGCCAAUUUAAGUGGUGGUGGUGAUGGGUGAUAGGUGGGGCAAGUAACUCAAUAUUCGCCACUCGGUCAAGGAGGAUCUUUGCUUUUUGUAUUUGGAAUGUAAAUAAAAGGUAUAGAAUAAAUGUAUUUAUUUUUGUAUUGUAAGUAUUGCUGUUACUAUUAAGAAAGGAACUGAAAAAAUACGGAUUUUUUCGUUUCCAGUAUGAUGAAUCGAUUGACCUAACCUUAUGUUCAACCAAGCUAGAUAUAAAAGAUAAAAAGGUUGAAUCAUUUCUUUGUCCAUAUCUGUAACGAAUGCGCCCAUGUUGCGGCAAGACAAAAUAUGUAUCGCCGAUGUUAAAGCUGGUAUAAAUCAUUAAAGAAGUUAAAAUGUAUUUAAAAACAGCGAAGACACACAACCCCCGACAGGUUUUCAAACGUAUAUUAUAUACAAAACGUAUCGUUUUGGUCUUACGCCAUUCCCACUUCGAGUGGCGUUAGGUGUUUCAAAUCUGUAAACAAAGAAAACACAUAAAAAUUAUAAGAAUUUUGUUUAUGGUUACAUAUAUAGUGAUCACUAAAGGAAAUAAAAUAUCCAAGGGUAGGUAUCUUUUAUCCAAAUGUUUCACUGUAUUAUAUACAGUUUUCACUGUCAAAGGACUCUUGUCACAGACUGUUGACAUCUGUCCCUAAAGCGAAGAAUAAUGUAUACAUUUAUUGUUGAUGCGUAAGAUAUUUUUUUUUUGCAUACCAUACAGAGAUUUCAAGUGCUUUGACGAAAUAUAUACAUGUUGACGAUUUAUGCAGUAAUGUACAUUUUAUUUCAUAAAUUGGAAUAAAAAUCAGAUACCCUGAUA